AAUAUAUAUAUAUAAAAAAAGGUGUGUUGGGCAAAAAAAAUGACCUCAAGAGAAAAAGCUAAUUUCUUUCACUGAUUAGAAGAAGGAAAGCAUAAAAGCUAAAAGGAGGAAAAGAGACCCCGAGAGUCUUGUAAACAGGGUCCAUAAAUCACAAACACAGAACGUUUGCUAGUGCUGGACUUUUAAUGACAUGAAAGCUUGCCCAAUACAUUGAAAAGAUUACCAGUAAACUGACUGAAGAAUGAGAGGGAAGAGGGACUUUGGCCAACUCCGGCCCCACUUGUCUCUUUAAAAAUUCCACUUGAACAGACACAGCACUUUGUGCCACACUAGAUAAUGAGCAGAGAUGGCGAACGUGGACAAGUUCAUCGAGCACGUAGGAGACUUUGGGCCUUUCCAGAAGAGGAUUGUCACACUUGGUUCAGUGCCGGUGAUAUUUUUUGCCUUUGUACUUAUUGGUGUAGUUUUCAUAGGGCACACUCCAGAUCACUGGUGCUGGAGUCCUGAAGCCAAGCGCUUCCAGGAGGAAUGUGGCUGGACGGAUGUCGAGGUGCAGAAAGCUACUGUUCCUCGCUCUGGACAGUCCGGAUCCUUCAGCAGAUGUGAGAGAUUUGCAGUGAACUGGAGCAAAAGCCAAAACAAAUGCGAUGAACUCGACUGGCUGCAGACUUCUAAUGCAACCCAGUUAGUGCCAUGUGACAGCGGGUGGAUGUUUGAUAGUAGCCACAGCUCUACUGUCUCAGAGUUUUCGCUGGUCUGUGGGAAAUCCUGGCUGGCCGAUCUGAAUCAAGUUUCCCUCGCAUGUGGAUUUUUUGUUGGAGCUUUAAUCAACGGCUACCUGGCAGACAGGUUUGGUAGAAAACCAUGCUUCAUUGCAUCUAUGGUGGGCAUGGGCAUUUCUGGUAUAGGGAUCAUGCUGUCACCAUGGUACCCACUGCUUCUCACCUUUCGCUUUGUGCAAGGGUAUUGUGCAAAGGGAGCAUGGAUAGCAGUCUAUGUACUCGUGAUCGAGUUCUUUGGCUCCGACAACAGGAAGUUUGUGUCCAUGGUGAGUCGGACUUUCUACUCCAUGGGAAUGGUCAUCCUGCCUGGUCUGGCCUAUUAUCUGUCCUCCUGGAAGGCUCUGCAGCUGGCUACGAGCCUUCCCUGCCUCCUGUUUAUCACAUACUACUGGAUUGUUCCUGAAUCGCCACGCUGGCUGUUUUCACAAAAAAGAACUACAGAGGCAAUGAAAAUUUCUGCGAACAUUGCAAAACGCAAUGGGAGAUGUGUACCACCUAAUCUUCCAGAGAUAAUUGGCUUGGACGUAAAGAAGGAAGUACACUCUAUAUCAUUUAUGGAUUUGAUCAGGACACCAAUCAUAAGAAAAAACACCUUCAUUUUAACUUAUGCCUGGUUCACAAGCACCGUUGUAUUUCAAGGUCUGGUCCUAAGACUCGGAAUCACAGGCGGCAAUCUCUUUUUGGAUUUCUUCAUCUCUGCUGUGGUGGAACUUCCCACCGGAAUCAUCUUCUAUCUGCUGGUGGACAGAGUCGGUCGACGUACCCUGAUGGCCGUCACUAACCUCACUGCUGGCAUAGCCUGCCUUGCAGUUCCCUUCCUGCCUGCUGAUUUUUCCUGUUCGAGAAAGUUAAUUGCAAUCCUCGGGAGGCUUGGUGUCGCCAUCGGAUUUGAGACUGUGAACUUCGCAAACACAGAGAUGUACCCGACACCUCUAAGAAAUUUGGGGCUGUCAGUGUGUUCAUCAGCUAGUGACAUGGGAGCAAUUGUAGCUCCAUUCCUGCUCUACAGACUGGCCAACAUCUGGCAGGAGCUGCCUCUAAUUCUUUACGGUGUGAUGUCGGUGCUGUACAGUGCACUGGUGACAAUGUUACCUGAGAUGAUGGGAGUCCCGCUGCCAGAGACCAUCGAGGAUGUGGAGAAUAUGAAAGGGAAGACAGAAAAAUCAAAGGAGGGAAACAGUUUGAUUAUAUGAUGAAAGACUGAGGCCUUGAAGCAGCAGAAACAUUGGUGGAUUAUUUAGAGACAGUCCGUGUUUACGCUGCACAUGAUGUCCUAUUGUCGGCUGCUCAUUAGAGCACUGGAAGAAGAACUGCAGUGACUGUUAUUGCACACUUGUGUUAUGUUAUUAUGAGCUGUUUAGAGGUGUUGACUGGAGACUUACGCUGUGAGAGGAUGAAGCACAUCUCUGCACCUCUCGUCUCAAUAGUGCUAAUUUUCAGCAGUGAAAGUUAUUUAUAUCUGGAAUGGGUGAUAUCAACAGCAGACAUCUUCUGCUGUUUUCAGUGCCUUUUAGUUUUAUAUACAGUUGUUGUUGUAGAGUUGUAUAUACAGUACAGUAGUUCACACACACUUGUAAAGAUCAUGUAUGUCAUGGCAGUCUUGAGUUCCCAAUGACUCUUAUUUUUAUAUGAUACUGUCAAGCAUGGUGGUGGCAGUAUUAUGCACUGGGGCCUUUUUUGCUGCCAGUAGAACUGGUGUGUUACACAAAGUAAAUGGAAUAAUGAAAAAAGAGGAUUUGUUUUAUCUUGGAUGCAGUUGGGUGUUUCAAAGACUAAGACAAUGACCCAAAGCACAGAACAAAAGUGGAAAAGAAAUGUCUAAAUCAGACUGGCCUCCUCAAAGACCUGACUUUAAGUCCAUCAAGAACCUGUGGACUGUGAUGAAGAAACAAGUCUGUGUCAGAAAGGCAACAAAUUUAGUUGAACUCCACCAAUUCUGUCAAGAAGAGGGUCAAAGAUACAAUGAGAGGCAGCACCAAAUAUGUAUGUUGAGGUAAAAAUGGACAUUUAACCAAAUAUUAGUAUUGCUGGAUCUAUUUUAUUUAAUCCAGCAGAUUUUGUCAUAUCUUCAGAAGAUCAAUAAUAAAUCUAUGACAGAACCAAAACGCAUGAUUGUGUUCACAGGAAAUUCAUAAUUACAGGAAUCAUUGAAAACUCAAGACUGCCAUGACAGACACAGUUUUUACAAGUAUGGAAACUAUUGUUCACAGCUAUGUAUGUUACUUAGUAGGAUAUCUCUGAAACUGAUUGUAAAGCACUGAGAAAAAUGUGAUUGAUCUUCUUUUCACCGAAGGACAUUCCAUUUCACCACAAUGUGGUCACUUGUAAACAUUUUAUAUUUGGAUUCUUAAAGAAUAAGUUUGGCAAUAUUUUUCUUAUUGUCAACAAAUCCAAGGGAAGGGGACUUAUAUAGUUUAAUUCCUCUGUGUCACAGAGCUGCUUUGUUUUCUAAGAACCAUUAAAACACAUCAGUGAGGCACACACUUGUAAACACUGACAUGCUCCUUUGUUAAGCCGAAUGCAGGCGCUGUAUUUAUUUUGAGUCAGUGUCACAUACACAGUCCUGCUCACUACUCCACCAUAUCUCCAAACAAAAAUACUCCAAAACAAAUGCACUAUUCCAGUUUGAGUAAUACUUGCAGUAUCAGCUGUCUUACAAAAUGUUUAAUGAUUUAAAACAAUUAAGUGUGUAUUCAUCAGCUGUUUUUAAAGAAAGUAUUGGACCAAAAUUAUGCUUAAGAAAGACAAAGAAAAAGAGCGCUACCUGGACUCAGCAGAGUUAGUUUGAGGUGCUCUUUGGAAGGGGAUUCAAAAAAUCCUUGAAACAAAAGGUCUAUAUGACCAUGCCGUUUAAUAAAGGCUUUUUAAAUUAUAAUAUUUUUUAGAGAGUGCCUUGGAGUCUCCUCUUUUUGUUUCAAAAUUAUGCUUAAUUCCCAACUGCACCACACAGAGGGACAUUUCUUGGUGUUUUAGAAAUACACGUGUAUAUUUUUAUUUUGAAAACACAAAAACUGGUAUUUUUUCUACUGCUGUUUCAAAAUUUAGUCAAUCUUCACCAAACUUGAUACACUGUUGUGCAGAAAAUGUUUCUGUUUUCCCCAAUUAGAUGUAGUCCUUCAGAAAUCAUGACUACAUCAGUCAGUUUGGUGCAGAUUCUGUUUUAUCAUUUGUAAACUGCUUUUAUUUAAAUAAAAAUGCAAAAAAAAAAUGUUGAAGAUUAUGUAACCUUGGCAAGAGUUAUGCUCUCUGAAGUGCAAAUAAAAUAUGAAUCAGAAUUAUGCUGAUG